CCGGGCACGGCACUGCCAUGGAGCCGAGCGCAUGCGAGCCCCUCAUCCGAAAGACGAGCUCCUCAUACCGGACCUUUCCCGAAAACGCUGGCAAGAGGAUCGACCAGGAACACCUGCAGAGCCUCCACAACAAGCGCCUCUACCUGGCUGUAUUUGCCGCUGUUCUGGGGAACUUCAGCUUCGGCUUUGCCCUCGUUUACCCCUCACCAGUCAUUCCUGCCCUGGAGGCUCACCCCAGCCCCGCGCUGAGGCUGAACCAGAACACAGCAUCCUGGUUCGGGUCAGUGUUCAUGCUGGGGGCGGCGGCAGGGGGGCUCAGCACCAUGCUCCUCAACGACCGCCUGGGCCGCAAACUGAGCAUCAUGUUCUCGGCACUGCCCUCCGCCGUGGGAUACGCGCUGAUGGCCGCUGCCCAGGGAACCGGGAUGCUGCUGCUGGGCCGCGUGCUCACGGGCUAUGCUGGCGGAGUGACAUCCGCCUCCAUUCCGGUGUACAUCUCGGAGAUCUCCCAUCCCAGGGUCAGAGGCAUGCUGGGCGCUUGUCCUCAGAUGAUGGCAGUGCUGGGCUCCCUCAUCCUGUAUGCGCUGGGGCUGGUGCUGGAUUGGCGCUCGCUGGCUGUUGCUGGGGAGGUGCCCGUGCUUGUAAUGAGCGUCCUGCUCUGCUUCAUGCCCAACUCGCCCCGGUUCCUGCUCUCCCAGGGGAAGGAGGAUGAGGCAUUGGGGUCACUGUGCUGGCUGCGGGGCAAGGACACGGACUACAUACGGGAGUAUCAGCAAAUCAAGGACAGCGUGAGGAAGCAGAGCCGGCAUGUUUCCUGUGUUGAGAUCAAGGACCCCUUCCUUUACAAGCCCAUCCUGAUCGCAGGGGGGAUGAGGUUCCUGCAGCAGCUCUCAGGUGUCACUUGCAUCCUUGUGUACCUGCAGUCAAUAUUCAAGAAAACUUCUGUCAUUCUGAAACCAGAGUAUGAUGCAGCUCUUGUUGGCUUGGUACGUCUGUUCUCCGUGGCAAUUGCUGCUGUGUCAAUGGAUAAAGCUGGGAGGAAGAUUCUUCUCUUUGUAUCAGCUGGUGUCAUGUUGGUCUCAAACCUGACCAUGGGAAUCUACAUCCACUCUGUGCCAGCUUCUCAGAAUGGCACCAUUGCCAACAAGACCUUGGUGAGCUCUGCCAACCUUUUUGCUGAGCCAACAAACUACAUCACCCUCAUCCCUCUUCUGGCAACCAUGUUCUUCAUAAUGGGUUAUGCCAUGGGCUGGGGCCCCAUUACUUGGCUGCUCAUGUCGGAGAUCCUCCCUCUGAAAGCCCGUGGAGUGGCCUCAGGCCUCUGUGUUGUCGUGAGCUGGUUGACAGCCUUUGCACUGACCCAGUCCUUCCUCCUGGCUGUGGACACCUUUGGCCUUGAGGUGCCAUUCCUGUUCUUCGCUGUCAUCUGUGCUGGGAACAUGUUAUUCACAGGCUGCUGCGUUCCAGAAACCAAAGGCAGGUCUCUGGAACAGAUAGAGGCCUUCUUCAGGACUGGCCGGAGGUCAUUCAUGAGAUAGGAACUGCCAUGUGUCAACUGUGCCAGGCUACCAGUCCACAUGCUCAAGGACAACAAAGAAAACUGUUACACUGAUGGAGGUAGAGGCUGGAGCACUCUGUGAAGGCAAUAGGAGAGGAAUGGGCAGCAAUGAUCAUCUCACUUUGGAUGUAGAAGUUGCCAGCUGGAACUUUACCUUCUCUGCCUAUUAUUCAACACUACCUGUUGUGCUCUGGGCAACAGGUCGACCUAAGGUAUGGGACCAGGUAACCAGCACCAGGCUAGAGAUAAAGAUAUCCUGGAAAAUCAAGCGUGUGCUGCGGACAAAAAACCACACAAGUGCUUCGUGCAGCAGCCACCAAAGCAGCCUGAGACCCCGAGGGUUUGGCUGGAACACAGCAGCUGUAGCUGUUCUGGCAAAAGUUCACCAUGUAGUUGCAAGAAUAAAAUGGUUUUGCCUCCAA